UGAAUUGGGGGGAGAGUAUAAGUGUGACACGCUGUGUAUCAACUGCUCACUGCGUGGCUGGACCCAGCCUGAUACACUUCCUCCACACUGUGUGUGUGUGUGUGUGUGUCACCUGGCAGUGUCUCUCAGUGUCGGUGUUUGAUGUGUAGUGACGAAGUGGUGUCCAGGGAGUGAUAAUGGGCGGCACACUGUGUUGGCUGGUGUUGAUGGUGUGGGCAGCCGUGGCGGCCGCAGAGGAAGACGGAACACUACACCUGGGUGUAGGAGACCAACACCAGCGACUCUCCAAGGAAUACACUGAGCCUCGUCUCGUCAGGAGGGUGUUGGACCCACCAGGAAUAGCAGCUCCGCGGACCCAUUUCAAGAGUUCCAGUUAUGGUAUACUGCUGCCCCCAAAACAGCAAAGGAGUUCUUCAGACGGAGCCCUGGGUCAGCAAACAGAGCACAGAAGUUCUCCAGACGGAGUUUUGGGUCAGCAAACAGAGCACAGAAGUUCUCCAGACAGAGCCCUGGGGCAGCAAACAGAGCACAGGAGUUUUCCAGAUGGAACCCUGGGACAGCAAACAGAGCACAGAGGUUCCCCAGACGGAGCCCUGGGGCAGCAAACACAGCACAGGCGUUCUCCAGACGGGGCCCUGGAACCGCAAAGAGAGUACAGAAGUUCUUUAGACGGAGCCCUGGUUCUAGUGGAGACAGAUAGAGACCGCCAGGCCUCACUCAUUGAACAGGACGGCAACAUACAGUACAAAUCCCUCAACAAGGGUGACGACAGCUACGAGUUUGGGUACGACACACGGGGAGGCAGGACCGGUGCUAGGUUCUUCAGACACGAGGAGAAAGGAGGAGAUGGACGUGUUCGUGGACAGUACGGCUUUGUUGACGCUAAUGACGACCUGCACGUGGUCGUCUACGUCACCGACACGCUGGGUCACAGAAUACGUACUGAGACCCACAAGAUUGUUGGCUACGGACAGGAACUGUCCAGCAUCCUGGAGAAGGGAGCAUCCACUUCUGAAGUCAAAGAUCAAAUAAACUUAAUCCUGAAGGCUCAGUCAUCAUCCAGCAGGUCACCAGACCAGAAGGCUCAGUCAUCAUCCAGCAGGUCACCAGACCAGAAGGCUCAGUCAUCAUCCAGCAGGUCACCAGACCAGAAGGCUCAGUCAUCAUCCAGCAGGUCACCAGACCAGAAGGCUCAGUCAUCAUCCAGCAGGUCACCAGAGGUGCGCACCUCACUACCCGCCUUAGGCACGCCCCUGCACACCUCAGGUUCAACACCGCGAUCUCUCACCACCCAAAGUUUGAACCGUUUGACCCGCGGAACCCAAAUACCAACAGGGCCGGAGCCUUACUUCGCUGACGAUGACUCUGAGCCUCCAACCACCAGUCCGCUACCCCCAACAGUAAAUCUUCGGCCUAACACCCUCCCACGGGGAGGCAGCAGCAGCAGCAGCAGCAGACUUCCCAAUCCCAGAAGCAUCACCUCAGCGGUGCGGUUCUCUAGCUCCACCUCCAGCGCCUUUCACGGCCCCUCGCCCGUCUUUCCUCUGAGGUUCGAUGACGCAGACGGAAGCCUCGCUGACAUGGUGGCUUCCCUGGCCAGGGGUAAACAGAUCUUCGAAGCACCAGCUGCCAUCGCUACCCACCCACCUGCCAUACUGCCAGGUGCUUCCUUCUACCCACGUUAUAUUUCAGAGGAGAGCGUGUUGCAGGACACUUCCAGCCCAGGUGAGCGCGACGGUAACAUCUCAGUACCUCCCAGUUCAUCAGACUCCACCAACAUGGUUACCACCGCCUUCCCCUCAUCAGCUGAUGUCACCCUUUCGGCCGCACAGACGUCUGCGAAAGGUGCAUCCUCGGCUGGACGCACCUCAGCCAAUAGCAAUCAAAACUCCCAACAAGCGUUGAAUCAGUCGCCACGGAAUAACCCCCCAGGAGAUGUCCCCUCAUCUCCUGCCUCCGUUACCAUCCCUCUCAGGGAGACGCUUUCACAUGAGGAGUACCAGGAACUGCAGAACUACCUGAACAGCAUCCUAAGUGGCGGAAGAAUGCCCCUGGGUGACACAGUGUUGAGGAAACUUGAUGUAGACGACAUGGGAGCCAUAGUUAACGAGGCUACGCUAGGAGAGAUGAAUGGGAGAGACGGGAAUGAUCUGGCCGUGUUCAUAGAUGAGGACAUGAUUAACGGUGAUAUAAUCGAUGGCGGCAUCAUACAUGGAGGAAUCAUAGGUAUAGGCGAUAAUAGCUUCGGCAGAAAUCUUGGCGAUGAUAUAAUUGACGGUGGAAUCAUAGGUGUGGGUGGAUUUAAUAAUCAAGCCAGAGACUUGGAUAUCAGUAGCGUCGACCUUACUGAUGGUAGGGAUGCCAAUAAGGAAUUUAAUAUAGCCAGAAACCUUCCUAGUGAUAUAAUCCACGGUGGAAUUAUUAACGGAGGUAUAAUCAACAUUGACGAGCUCAGUGGUAGAGAACUAGAAAUUAUUGCAAACAGCAACAGGAGACAAAAUCGUGCUAGUACUAUUAAUGGAGGAAUUAUCAAUCUUGAAGAACUUACUGGUAGAGAACUAGAGAUCUUUGCAAAUACCAACAGAAAUCAGAAAAAUUUUGGUAUUACUGAUGGAGGUGUUGUCAACACUGAAGAACUCAGCGGUAGAGAACUAGAGAUUAUUGCAAAUACCAACAGGAAGCAGAGUCGCUUCGUCGGAACCGUUGAUGAGGGCAACAGCAAUGGAACUUCUCAACAUCAGUUUGGCAGAAGCCUUCAGCCAACUAACAGUACCAGAAAUGGCUUCUCCGUGCCUCCUCCUGAAAGCCAGGAGCUCAUCACUAUACGGAGACCUUCGGUGAUCGACCAGAUUAUCGCUUUUCGAAGACCUAACUACCCAGACAAUCUCGACCAGAGGAACUCCUUUGUGGGAAUUACUAAUGCUGUAGUCGGCAGAGGUAGGACACCCGAGGUCAUCCACUACAUUCCCUCUCCUGACCUAUCCACUGACAGCCCAACUCAGAGAAACAACGACCCUACCAAGUUUUCCGAGACUAAUUUUGAGCCAACAGCAGAAGCCAGUGGCAAGGUUGACCAAAUUGAUUACAUUCCUUCUGAAUCCUUUACAAAGAAUGACGUCUCAGGACAAGUUGUUACUAAUUUUAAUGCUGAUAAUUCUCAGCCUUCUACGUCACUCAACAAUAAUGUCGACAUCAGGCAAAGCUUUGGAAAUGCUAUUCAAAACAAUAACAACCCUAUUAAUUCUUUCGGGCAAGAGUUUAACAAUAUGAAGGAUAAUCAUGGAGUGCCUUCUGCUUUGGACAGCAGUAGUGAUGAUGCCGGAAAAAAUCCUAUAAAUUCUAAUCAAGGUGACUAUUUCCUUGCCACAUCGUCUCAGAAUGAUGACAAGUCCACAAAGGAAAUUUCUGGCAGUAUAACUCUAGACAACUCCGCGCCAGACGUAGCACCUCAGACUAGCAACAGCCCAAGAACAGAUGUCAGUAACUACUCCAUUCAAGGUCAAUUUUCUAGUUUGUCAUCGUCACAGAAUGCCAGAGAGAACGUAAGUGACGACCCCAACCAAGGCAACAAUGUAUCAGGCACAUCGUCUGACAAGGCUGUCACAACCAGUCCAGUUGCUGCUGUAACUUUAGCUCCUGAGUUUCGUGAAAUUCAACCAGACAUAAGUGGAAACAGAGAUGGCCUGCGUAAAAAUAGCCCUCCUACCAUCAAUCUAGUUCGACCAAUCAGCUCAGCUCAGGAAAUAGAGCCCAACGUUACACAACGACCGAUGAAUGCUUCCCUCUCUCCUAUGUUUAUAAGCUCAACUGAACACGUCAACAUCCCCGCCUUACCAAAGUUGUUAGACAUUAUAAACCACCAACAGCACACCGACCAACCAGAUCUCAGUUAUCUGCAACUUUCAGAACCUUUAUCAAGUUUCCCAGUUAUUCAACCUCCUGGAGGCUUUCCUGAGGCGCAGAUUCACAGAGAAGCAGCAGGCGAACAUGUGACUAACCAAGACAGUUACAGCAGCUUCAAACAGGACGAUAACAAAGUGCCCAGUCUGGGAGACAGUAGACACCUUCCCUUCUCGCCGCCAGAACCUGAGCGUUCUACAUAUGCAAUAGUUCCCUAUGAAGUUAAGACGGUGGGACCUGGGAUCCUACACCAGCACAUCUCACUUGCAUCACCACAAAGACAACCAUUUAUAUUACCACCACUACCACAAGCUGCAACUUUCCCACCUCCCCACAGCUCGUCCCAAACAUCUUUCCAUUUUUCAACACUUCCACCGUCCCAUGUUUCAACACUGCCUCCACCUCGCACUCACAUAAACGAAAAAUCACGUAUUACGAUCUCGCAAGCUCCUCAUGGUGUGACUGUGGGACCCACAUACUCUCCCAUUGUCUCUUCUUAUACCACUACAGGUGAUGAGUCAACACACGGAGACUUCCCCAUCCCUACCCACAGGUUUGAUCUCGGUUCCCCGCGCCACGAUCUUUCACACAAUAUACCGGAGCAGGAGGUCUUGCCAGGGCUUGGUCUGGGACCGCCCCUCAUCCCGACGCACCCCACAAUCACCUCCCCCGGCCGCACCUCCUACGAGAAACUCAAGAUCCACAACUACCACGCACAGCGCAGGUCCGGGAGGGACCUGGCCGCCGCUCACAUAUCCCUAGGAAGCAGCAGCAGCAGCAGCAGCAGCAGCAGCAGCAGCAACCAGCAAGCACCACACACAAUCACACAUCAAGAUGUGCUCUCCAAUAAAAGCUUUACAACACUAUAACAUAUUUCCCUGCAUAGUUUGCCUUCAGCCUUAUCAUGUAUAGUUCCAGGCUGAACAUUAUUUAUAACAUACUACAAUAUAGUAAGUAGCUCAAUAGAAUUAGACUUAAUAUUGUAUAAAGCUUAAGUCGGGUACACAAUAAUCUACAACACUUGGAACUGUCGACGAAAUUUCACCAACAACUAGAUCAAGAAACAUAAGAAUAUAUGAAAUAACAUUAGAAUGAGCGUGUUAGGUAGAGUAUAUCAGACCUUAACCUUCACUCCAACACCAUCAAUUAUGGGUAAGAUCAUUGAUUCCUGACAAUCCAUGACGAAGUGAGUGAAGUACGUGGCACUGGCACCAACCUCAGUGGCAUUUACUGGUAAGGUAUGUGAUACUAGCACCAACCUCAGUGGCACUCAAUGGUAAGGUACGUGACACUGUCACCAACCUCAGUGGCACUCACUUGUCAGGUACGUGACAUUGGUGCCAACCUCAGUGACACUCACUUGUAAGGUACGUGACACUAGUGCCAACCUAAGUGACACUCACUUGUAAGGUGUGUGACACUGGCAUCAACUUCAGUGGCAUUCCAUCAACACUGAAGACAGUACACGUUGCAGGAUAAGGUUUCACGGGUACAACGUUUCUCUCUCUUUAGAGUUUCAAAUUCUUUUUCUCUCAUUGCAAAGAGAAACAUGGUCCCAAGAUCCUCCUUUCAUGGGAUCACCCGGGUGCAGUUCCCUGUAGGUGGAAACCUCGCCAAGUCUCUUAUGUUAUUAUUCAACGCAUUAACAGAGUGUGUUGACAUGCUAGAUGUCACAUUUCUGCUGCCUACUCUAGAGGCGCGAGAUAAAGAGUUAGAACACAGCAAACAACUCUCCACUGAAGAAACCUUAUAGCAGGAAGAGGCUGUGUUCACAAAACUGUGCUCCACCUGACAUGAAUGCUCUGUAAACGGUACAACACUUGUACGAACUCCUCCUCCUCCUCCUUCGGGAGCCACUGCCGGGUCACCACAGGGAGAAGACUCGGGCUAGGACCCGUCCUAACAAACUUACCUGAACAUAAACAUGCUGUGUUCACGGACUACCUAACUCUCGGUGCUAGACUAAGGCUAGAUAGACUAUGGGCAUCCCUGGCAGGACAGUGUCUAAGGAGAUGUCAGUCACACGAAAUGUGAAGUCUGGGUGAACAGUGACGGGGGGUGAUGUAAAUAGUUUCGAAAAUCUACAAGUUGAAGAAUGGGACACUUGUGUGAAUGUUGCACAAGUGUCUCAUUCUUCAGCAGACGGGAGACAGGGUGUCACACACCAGAACACUAUAUUUCCCAGUGUCCAAAUAUACAACCAUUGACAGACGCCUCUAGGCAAGCCUUACAGGGUAAACAAAAGUAAAUCACUUCACUUUUAAUGAUAACAUCUCAAAUGUUAUGACUGUAUCCACAUACUGGAUCGGCUAGAUGGAUGAGCUGUUAUUGCUGACAGUGUAACUUAAUAUUAAGUAAUAAUUUUAAUAGAGAUAAAUGGUAUACAGUAUCAACAAGAUGGAAAAAUAGACACUACAGUAUAAUGAGAUUCUUUAUUGACAACGUUUCGCCCAUGCAGUGGAUAGCGUUUUAUUGCAUUUGUGUCUAUUUCUCCAGUAAUUUUAGUAGAUAUGAAAAGAUAUUUUUAAAAUUUUCUGGAGCUUCCAUUGUGUAGAUUAGCUAUGUUAGCAAUAUAUCUCGUGACUGUAAUAAUCUUCGUGAUGAAGGUAUAUCCAAUGUGGUCUGACCGAGACUCAUAGUGACCUGUGUAACCCUCGUCCUCAGCGCUACUGUUCACAGGAUGAGCUGCGGGUUCUCAGUAGCGUAGCUACUCUUGCGACGCUGAGAAAGUAGUAAGUGGUCAUCGUUUACUUGGAAACACACUGUCUACACGUCUGUACUUCACACUGUUUGCACGUCUGACGUGGCCAGUGUGGUUCAGCGUUCACUUAUCACUUGGACUACUUUCUACAGGUCUGAGGCAGGUAAUGAACAGGUCUGAGGACCAAGACACACAGAGGUGUCUCACCACUCAACAUUAUUUAUUAACGUCACUUACGCCUGUGUGGCGAAGAGUUCCGUGCACUAACGAUGUCUUCGGGCAGAGUGUAGACUGUAGCGUCCCUCCAGCCUGCUCACGUCCCUCCAGCCUACUCACGUCCCUCCAGCCUGCUCACGUCUUUCCAGCCUGCUCACGUCCCUCCAGCCUGCUCACGUCCCUCCAGCCUGCUCACGUCC